AUUUUAAUGCAUCUCUUCUUUCAGGAACUCCAGGACAAUCAACAAGAAAGAGACCAAAAACUCCGUCCCAUUCAGUUUAGUUCGGCCUGGUUCUUACAUCUCUGAAGUUUAUGUGAAGGUGCAGAGCCCCCUAGAGGCCUCCGGGUGCUACAUGGAGAGGGUUCACUCCAAAGUGCGACGUGCUCAGGAGGGUCUGGUGGACGUGGUGGUGCAGGGUCUGAGUGGUGAAAAACCGGUGGCGAUGGUGGAGAGCGAAGAGAUGCUGCGCGUGGGGAGCAGCCUGACCGGGUUUGGAGAGGUGGUGCUGGAGGGGGGCCAGGCGGUAAGGCUACAGGCCCCGCAGGAUGGACGCGGGUACAUCUUGGUGCCCAGUGACUACAGGAGCUUCAUGGACAGACACGAGGCUUCAGCCAACAUGUGGCAGGCGCUGACAGCUGUGACCGGCCUCACAGGGGCCACACUGCUAGCUGGCAUUGUGUAUAAAUUCUUUGGAAAACAGAGCGACAGAUCAAGAUAGGCUGAACACUGUGGGUUAGAAGCGAUGCCUUUUCGGGUUUGAUCCCCUGCAUCCAGUUACUACUUUGUCAUCAAGCAUACUUGAGACUGUAAACAUGAAGAACUGGGGAAACCUAUUAAAAAACCAAAAUGACAAAACAAUGAACACAUUUCCUACUAAUCCUCCUUUGCUGAAGGUUCUUCUUUUUAGCGAUCUUCACUAAUGCGUCAAUUAAAAGCUUUGGACCUGCUUCAUAACCCAAUCUGUGAUUCCUCAACUUAAAGAAUGCUUCUUAACUCACCAGGUGAUCUAAUGUUUAUUAAUUAAUGACAAACUUUUUUUUUUCUCCUUUGGAUCAGUUUUGGGGACAUUCCUUCUGCAGAUUUUACUGUUUAAGUGUAAACUUAUCAUUACAGUAUUUCUAUAGCAACCGUAUUUUAUCAGUGGAACAUGUUUCCAGUCAUUCUGCUGAGACUGGAUAGAUGUGAUAACAUGAAAUAAUGAAUCUACCUCCUGGGUUGUUUCUGAAGUUUCUCCUUAUUGCAUUCCAGACAUAUAAUGUGAAUCUUUUGCGGUUUUAUUUUUCUCUUUAAUAAAAAGAAAAACCUGGAAGGUCUAUUCAGCCCCCUUUACUCUGAUGUCACUAUAUAAACAAACUGCUCUCAGUCCACCUUUGUGUUUGGUAUCCAUCUCUGUUUUAUGAUGGAUUUAAGGAUUUUUAAGAGGAGUAAUAUAAGGACUAAUGAACAUAGCACAGGGAAAAUUAGAAUAAUUUGAAUCUUUCUCUCUAUAAUAAAACAAUGCAAACAUUAAAAUGAUCAAAAAUGUAUAAUUGUAAAGACCAGGUACUAAAGAUUUGUAACGAAAUGAGGUUCCACGUUAAUGUUAACUCACUAAAAUGCAUGCUGCCUUUUUACAGAUUUUUACUUGUCGAAACCAUUCAUCAUGAUGGCCUGGCGGGUGAGUUAGAUCGCAGUUUGUGGUG